AUGGUGGUGGACAUGGUAGACAUGGCGGUGGACAAGGUGCACAUGGCACGCAUGGUGGACAAGGUGGAAAGGGUGCACAUGGUGCGCACGGUGAACAAGGUGCACAUGGCAUACAUGGUUGACAAGGUGUACAUGGUGGGCAAGGUGAACAUGGCGGACAAGGUGCGCAUGGCGGGCAAGGCGAGCAAAAAACCAUGUGAGUGGGAUGAACCACCAUGUCCGCCACCUACUUAUUGUCCAGUUAUGAAUUGUUGUGAUCCAUGUUGCGAACCUGUCAAACGGUGUAAAAGCUUCGAUCUUCGUGCAAGUAUAAUGCAUCGAUGUGAAUGUAUCAGGAGGAAUGGUUUACAAGAUAGAUGCAUGAUGUGGGAUUGCAUGGGCCGACCUGAAUGUAUGACAAAACUGUAUCCAGUGUGUGGACCUGGAACUUGUGCACUUCUGAAGCUAACAGAUUUAGGGGAUAUAAAUGUAGCUCUUAAGAAGUUUCACUGUGCAGAUCAAGCAAGAGAAUCUGCAUUAGCGGCAUAUUGCAGACUUGUUUGCAAUAACGCUUAUCCAACAAAAUGUCCUCCACAGCCAUGUUUACCAGCUUGCCCAUCACCUGUAUGCCCCCCACCAUGUAUAACUUGCUGCUCACCUUCCCCUUGUUAUACACCUUGUUCACCUUGUCCACCAUGUUCACCUUGUCCACCUUGUCCACCUUGUGAUCCUUGUGGCCCUUGUGUCCCUUGCAGCCCCUGUGGCCCUUGCGGCCCCUGUGGCCCUUGCGGCCCCUGUGGUCCUUGCGGCCCCUGUGGCCCUUGCGGUCCCUGUGGCCCUUGUGAUCCUUGUGGUCCAUGUGUACCUUACGCUCCUUGCAGUCCUUGCGCCCCUUGUGGUCCUUGCGCCCCUUGUGGUCCUUGCGCCCCUUGUGGUCCUUGUGUCCCUUGUGGUCCUUGCGCCCCUUGUGGUCCUUGUGUCCCUUGCGGUCCUUGCGGUCCUUGCGGUCCUUGCGUUCCUUGCGGACCUUGCGGUCCUUGUGGCCCUUGUGAUCCUUGUGGCCCUUGUGAUCCGUGUGUUCCAUGUGUACCAUGUCCACCACCAUGUCCUCCGCCGUGUCCACCACCCUGUUUACCUUGCAUGCCAUGCUGUACACCAUGUUAAACACUUAUAUGUGUAGAUAUAUAUUUUAUAUUAUCCCAUGUUAAUUUUGACAUAAAAAAUUAC